UCGGCUUUCGGCGGGUUCAGUUAAAAUGGCGCUGUUGCCAGGAGUGCCUAACCAAUGGAGGAAUAACGAAAGUGGAUAGAAGCAGGCAUAUUUGUCUCUGUUAAAAAGAUACAUCAUGGCAGCACUUGAUCAAAAAUCUCCAAACGUUCUCUUGCAAAGUCUUUGCUGCAGAAUCACCGGGAAAAGUGAAGCUGAGGUCGCUCACCAGUUCCAGUAUGCUGUAAGGGUGAUUGGAAGUAACUAUGCCCCCACCAUUGAACGGGACGAGUUUCUGGUUUCAGAGAAGAUCAAAAAGGAGUUGAUGAAACAGCGGAGAGAGGCAGAUGCCAUUCGUUUUUCUGAGCUCCAUCGCAAGCUACAGACCCAGGGUGUGCUGAAACAGAAAUGGUCAAUCCUGUACCUACUGCUGAGUCUUUGUGAAGACCCACGCAAACCAUCCAGCCGGGUUGGUAGCUACAGUGCCCUGUUUGCCCAGCCUUUGCCCCGGGAUGCCCACUCCACCCCGUUCUACUGUGCCCGGCCCCAGUCCCUGUCCCUCAGCUACCCUGAGCGCGGCGUAGCCCAGAAUAACACCAGCAUGGGCACCAGUGGCAUCAGCAGUCUGGGAGUGUACUCUCUCAAUGGGCCCACUCCAACACCACAGUCACUUCUGGUUGGGCACCCUCCCCAGGUAGCCGGUGAUAUAAGGGGCUCGCGGUUGGCCUGGGCCCUCCCAAUCUCGGCGUCGCCCCCAGGCGCGGCAGCACCUACCUCACGGGGCCUCGCCGGGCCCCUGGCCCCGCCCAGCAGGGUCACACCACGCCACAGGAGAGAUGGGGACGGCAGCGCUGAAAUUGGUGAAGUCGCACUCGUCCGGGACAUUUUGUACGUCUUCCAGGGAAUCGAUGGCAAGUUUAUCAAGAUGAGCGCUCCUGAGAACUGCUAUAAAAUCGACACAAAGGUGCCACUGUGCAAGUCCCUCCGCGACAUUAGCAGUCGCCUGGCGGAGCUUGGCUGGCUCCACAACAAGGUGCGCAAGUACACCGACUCCCGUGCUCUGGACCGCGCCUUCGGCCUCGUGGGACAGAGCUUCUGUGCCUCCCUUCAUCAGGAACUCAAGGAGUACUACAGGCUGCUCUCAGUGCUGCACUCACAGCUGCAGGUUGAGGAUGACCAGGGCGUGAACCUGGGAGUGGACAGCACCCUCACGCUGCGGCGGCUCCUCGUCUGGACCUACGACCCGAAGGUCCGACUCAAAACCCUGGCCGCCCUGGUGGACUUCUGCCAAGGCAGGAAAGGGGGUGAGCUGGCGUCGGCGGUGCAUGCGUAUGGGAAGACGGGCGACCCCAACAUGCGAGCUCUUGUCCAGCACAUCCUGGGCCUGGUGUCCCAUCCCAUCCUCAACUUCCUGUACCGCUGGAUCUACGACGGCGAGCUGGAGGACACUUACCAUGAGUUCUUUGUAGCCUCAGACCCGACAGUAAAGACGGACCGGCUGUGGCACGACAAAUACUCGCUGAGGAAGUCGAUGAUCCCCUCCUUCAUUACCAUGGACCAGGCCAGAAAGGUCCUGCUUAUUGGGAAAUCCAUCAACUUCCUGCAUCAGGUUUGCCACGACCGGACUCCACCCGGCAAGAUCCUGCACGCCUCCUCCAAGGCCGCCGACUCGCCAAAAGAUGCUGCGGAGCUCUUCACGGACCUGGAGGGAGUGUUCCAAGAGAAGAUCGACGCUGCCUACUUUGAGACCAGCAAGUAUCUGCUGGGCGUCCUCAACAAGAACUACCUCCUGCUGGAGCAUCUGCAGGCCAUGAGGAGGUACCUGCUGCUGGGCCAGGGCGACUUCAUCAGACACCUCAUGGACCUCCUCAAGCCAGAACUGGCGCGUCCGGCCACCACGCUGUACCAGCACAACCUGACGGGCAUCUUGGAGACUGCCGUCCGAGCGACCAACGCCCAGUUCGACAGCCCCGAGAUCCUUAAGAGGCUGGACGUUCGGCUGCUGGAGGUGUCCCCAGGAGACACUGGCUGGGAUGUGUUCAGUCUGGACUACCAUGUAGAGGGGCCCAUCGCCACAGUGUUCACACGGGAGUGUAUGAGCCACUAUCUGCGGGUGUUUAACUUCCUGUGGAGGGCAAAGCGCAUGGAGUACAUCCUCACGGACAUCUGGAAAGGCCAGAUGUGCAACGCUAAGCUGCUGAAGAGCAUGCCUGAGUUGUCGGGGGAGCUGCAUCAGUGUCACAUCCUGGCCUCUGAGAUGGUCCAUUUCAUCCACCAGAUGCAGUACUACAUCACGUUUGAGGUGCUGGAGUGCUCCUGGGAUGAGUUGUGGAAUAAGGUGCAGCAGGCUCAGGAUCUGGACCACAUCAUCGCUGCUCACGACGUCUUUCUGGACACAGUCAUCGCACGGUGUCUUUUAGACACCAACAACAGGUCCCUGUUGAACCAGCUGCGAGCCAUCUUUGACCAGAUCAUCGAGUUCCAGAGCACUCAGGACUCUCUGUACCGCUCGGCCCUGGAGGAGCUGCAGCUUCGGCUGCAGUUUGAGGAGCGCAAGAGGCAGCGACAGCAGGAGGGUGAAUGGGGUGUGACCACAGAGGAUGAGGCUGCUGAGACUAAGCGGAUUCAGGAGUUCCAAGACUUUCAUGCCAAAAUGCGCUCUGAGCUCCGGAUACUGUCAUACUCGUACCAAGGGAUUGUCCAGCAGUUCCUGGUGCUACUCAUGACCAGCACAGACGAAAGCCUGCAGUUUCUGAGUUUCCGUCUGGACUUCAACGAGCACUACAAAGCCCGGGAUCCCCGUCUGCGCGUCUCUCUGGGAGCCUCCAGGGGGCGACGCAGCUCCAAUAUGUGAGCCAGGGAGAGUGGGCGUGGCCCACUGGCCCCCGCUACAGCUUACAGGCCACACCCACAUCAUGGAACUCCAGCCUUCACUGACCGAGGGGUAGAAAGAAAGAAAAAGAAGGAAAUAAAGAAGGAAAGAAAGAAGGGAAGAAGGGAAAAAGAAAGAAAGAAGACAAGAAAGUGUGAGAAAGAAAGGACAGAGAGAGAAAAGAUAGAUAGAAAGAAAAAUAUGUUGAAUUAUCCACAGCCUUUCCCCCAUGCCAUUGCCAAAUAAAUAAAAGUGCACACACACACACACACACAUGCUCACUCUCAGAAUAUGAACACGAUAUUCCAAAGGAAGAAUUUGUUUUUAGAAGUGUGUAACUAGUAGGACAAGGUCACAGGUCUGCAAUCAGUGCUCUGUCAUCAGUGUAUCAAAGUGUUUAAACUUUUCCAUGUUGUGUUAAUGUGUGUUUACAUGAUUAUUUAAUGAUUUACUUUUUGUACGUGUGUUUUUGUCUUCAGUUUACAUUAUAAAUGUAUGAUAUUCAUUGUUUUUGGUUUGUUUUGUUUUGGCCUGUAUGUUAGAUUCUGAUGGCAUAAAAUGCCAAUGUAAAAAAGCUAUAAUCUUUCAGAGAGGUCUUCAGCCUUAAUGCUACAGUCUUUUGUCUAUUUAAAUAAUUUCCAUUUUGAAUGUCUACUUGUGACUUUUCCAUCUCCCUGUUGCAGUCUGUGACCUUUGUUCUGCCUGUAUAAACAGCAAGCAUUGACCAGCCCCUCCAUUUCUUAGCUGCGUAAGGUGAAUUUGUCCGAUUCUUUGCACUUGCCGCCUUUUUAAAAAGAAAAGUAAACAUGUAAAGUUGCCUAGUGUGAGGGAAAUGUAUGGGCCCUGCGCUGUGUCCUAAUUGAGGUGGUGCUAGUGGGGAGACAGCGCCACCUGUGGGCUAUGCCGUUUUCUGAGUUCUGUUGACGUGUGAAUCCACCUUCCACCCAGUUUCCAUCAACGUCAUCGUCCCAUUGUUAUUAAGUUAUCGCGGGGUGGGGAAGGAGGAGAGAUCAUCUUUCUCUCAACCCUCCUUCACUGUAUAGCACAGAUUUAUAGUUAAGUAUAUGAUGUAAGCAAACACAUUGUCAUUUUUCUCUUUAAUAAAUCAACUUUUUUUAACAA